CUUUGCCUGACACAGGCCAAAGUGGAAUUAAAAGCCAUUCAAUAUGCCAGUGAAUCACCACCCAAUUUCGAUACUAUGUCAAAGGAAACAAAGAUCGAUUUUGAGAAACCAUACCCGGAUGAAGAGAAAAUGCGUCGAGGUAUCUUGUACUGGCAAAAUGCACCUCAACAAAGUCAGGAAGACAGAUUUGAGAGCUCAGAUAGUGAAAUGUCAGUCAAUGAGGAAACUUUGGAUUCAAGUGGAAAUAAACAGACGGAAGAUACGGGUGGAGAUCCUUUCUGGAUUUUAGAUUUGAAUCCGGAUAUGCAAUCAUAA